GCGACGCUAGGCUGUAAACAUUGCACACAUUAAAUUUGUCUACGUGUAUAAAUUGGAACAAAUAUUUCUAUACUUGGCCUAGUGACUAGUAGGCGGCUGUGCGGUUAUUAUACUUUUUUUCUUUGUUAAUUGUUAUAUGUAGAAGACUUACAUGUAAUUUUUUUGUCUUUCGUGUCCAGUUAUGUCUUUAUAAGGGCCCCUACUCGACAAGCAGUGCUUCGUAGUGGUCCUGCCACCUUUGUGUGUGAAAUAAAGUGAAUAUCACCAUGAUCGCUGGCAAAAGAAACCGACGCAGAUGAAGAUUCGGUUGUGACAGUUGUUACCCGCUCAUCUACGGUUCCAUCAAGUCUCAGGUUCAAAAAGACAAGGAAAAGCAUAUGGAAAUGGAAACUCGUGCAGAAAGUAAAUCAAGAGCCAACAAUGAUGGUUCUGUGCGACCUCCAAACCCAUACCUGGAACAGCAAGAAGUAGAUGUUUUGUAUCACCUGGGGCUGUCCACAGAUAAGGACCCUCUCCCAGCACGCUUUGGAGAUGUCAGGUUUGUCUGCAUGGGUGGAAGUGCGACAAGAAUGAAGCGAUUUGCCGAGUUCAUCGCCCAACGUCUCGGCUUCAGCGACCACAAUGGGGCCCUCCUGACUGACUUGUGCAGCACCGAUCGCUACAACAUGUACAAAAUUGGCUGUGUUCUCGCAGUCAAUCAUGGAAUGGGCAUGCCUUCCAUCUCCAUUCUGCUACACGAGUUGAUCAAGUUGGUGCAUUACGCUGGCUGCAAGGAUGUGGUUUUCAUCCGCAUGGGCACGAGCGGCGGACUGGGCCUGCAACCGGGCACCGUGGUCAUCACGGACACAGUGGUCAAUGAGAUGUUUGAACCGGCCUAUAAACUGGCUGUCUUGGGCAAGAUCAUCAGCCGUCCAACGAAGUUGAGCCAGGAGUUGGCAUCUGAGCUGCUUGCUGCCCACGAUCCAGGUGCGGACUAUGCGGUUGUCACUGGUAACACCAUGAGCACCUCAGACUUCUAUGAAGGUCAGGCAAGGAUCGAUGGAGCUAUCUGUGAGCAUACUCUGGAAGACAAGAUGGUGUACCUCCAAGCAGCCUAUGACGCUGGUGUACGGAACAUUGAGAUGGAAGCUUCUUGCCUGGCAGCAAUGUGCGGCGCAGCUCAGAUCAAAGGGGCUGUGGUGUGUGUGACCCUCCUGGAUCGGUUGCUAGGUGACCAGGUGACCAUGACCGAGGAGGAACAUGACAAGUGGGAGCAGCGCCCUCAAGAGUUGAUUGCCAGAUUCUUCCUAAAUAGACUGCGGAGGGAUGCACUGAAUUGAGCGGUGAGGAGGCAGAGUAUUGAUGGAAUUCAAAAGCUAAACCAGUGCCUUGCUCAGAAGCAAUGUCAUCAGUGGAUGCAGUGCCAAGUCGUAUUUCAAACGCCAAGUCGUAUUUCAAACCAGAUUAGUUAGAUUUACCCAACAGUUCUUAAUCUUUCGGUAUUUGAAAUCAGGACAGCCGUGGUCAUGGUUAAAUUUUUUUUUUGGUAGUUUUUAAUCCCAUUCCGUGGAAAGCAUUAAUGUUUUACAAUUACUAUGUUUUCUUUUUUAUGUUCUUCUUUAUUCCAAAUCCAUACUCGGAGGAAAGUGUUUUGUCAAUGUAGACAUGACAAAACUUCACCAAAAAAAUGUGUUUGGAGGAUGAAAACACAAAUAGUAAAGGAUUUAUUGUCCCUGAAAUGAAGUCUUUUGUUUAGAAAAGGUCCUUGAACUUCCAUGGAUGUGCUAGGCCAUGGGGGAGAGUGUAACUUAAAGAAAACAAAACAAUCAGUGGCUUGUCCUUUCAAAGUAAGGUACAAUAAGAACAGUUGGGCUAGAGUGUAUGCUUUUCUCAGGGAUCUUAUGUCUCAAUCAGAAUGAUACUGUCUGCUUUGCACGGAGCUAAGAUGCAGUGAUCAAUAUUUGGCAAUCCUCCAAACUUUAAUAUUUGUAUGAAUCCAUUAAGAGUUGAAGAGUGCCCUCUAUGGUAAAGGACAGACAGGAUGACAGGAAUGAUUUCAUGUGGGUGCUCAAUGCACAUGUGGAGGUCUUACUCUUAAAACAGAUAUUGGUCCCACUUGUUCCUGCUCGGAGCAGAUAAUUAACAAACGUAUGCAUUGUCACUGAGUGUUUAUGGGUGAAGAACAUAUCUUUUUCUUUAUGGAUUUAGGUUAUUUCAUAAUAUUUAGAUUAUACACUUAGAUUACACAAGGUUUGCAGAAUUUUUGUGAGAAAAAUGGUUGAAAAUACUGCUGUUUGGGGGUACUGCUUACCAUCAUAGUUAGUCCUUCCUCAUUGAAGUUAUGUUAAUAGUUAUAAAUUCAAAAUGGCAAAUUCACAUGGCCCACAUUGGGCAGUCUUGAUACAUUCCCCAAAUGUUGGGCACAAUCCCUUGCUGCCAGGACAUUGAUUGAUGAUCACACGUUAUUUAUAAUCCAUGAGAAAUAAAUUGACCAAGUUUGAUAGUACCCUCAGGCUUGAUUAAUUUAGUAACGCUCAGGCAGAAACUGAAACGCCAUAAAAGUUGACCUUGCUUAAAAAUGCAAUGAAAUAUUUUAUCGCUUUUAAAUAUUUAAUCAAAUGAAAUGAUCUUUCAGAAAUUCCAUCCGCAUUGUGCCAAAAAUUCCAUGAAGUGGAUUUCUAACUUGAAUUAUGAGAGACUAUUAUAUUCUAAAAAUGUUACCCUAUGUGAUCUUCAAAACUAGUUUUUAUGAUGUGGUAAAUGCCCGCGUUUUGUGCAUUUACACUGCAACAAUAACAAUGCUCAUAUUUCAAACAUGGCAACUUUUAUUCUCUCAUUGAAUUUUUAAAACAUUUAUUUUACAUGUAUGUGUUAACGGAAAGACAUUGUGAAUGAGGAGCUCUGUUUGUACCCAACAUCGUAUUACAUGAAGCAUGGACAUUGUUCUACCAAUCUGGUGAUAUAUCAGCAGUACGGUAAUUACAGGUUACAUCGUAAAGAAUUCUCCAAAUUUUUUAUCAAAUGGGAGCAUUUAAGUAGUUUCCUUGUGAAGUAAACAUUACCCUGAAAUUAUAACGAUUCUUUUUUCUUUCACAUUAAUUCCAUUGUUCUUCAGAUAUGUAGCAAAUGAAAUUUUGAUGAACAUUUGAAAUCAAAAUGGCAAUAAAUGGCAUGAAAAGAGUACGGGUUCUGGGUUUCUCUGACCCCAGGAAUGCUAGGAUGUCAGCAGGGCACAUAUGCAGACAUAAAGUUAUAUUUUAUUUUAAAUUUAUAACCGUUGUACAUGUAUUGCUUUUACCAGGUCAAAUCUCAAAAUUGCUUGUACAUUGUAUUCUUGUGUGUAAGUCUUUACAGUUCACAAUUGGAAUUACAUGGUUUUCAUAGCUGUACUUGGAGUGAACAACUUGUUCUAGAUUUAGACUUAUAAUUAUUUUUGUUUUCCUGAAUCUUACUCUCAAAUAAUCAGUCAGGACAAAUUUAUCCUGUUUGCUGUAAUCGCAUCCAUUUAGCAAAGUGAGUGUUGUUUAUUAAAAUGUUAUCCUGAGACAAUUUUUA